AUGGCACCCUCAUCACGCUCCCGCACGCGCACAUCCACCGCUCCCCACUCCUCCUCCACUGUGCACGAAGAGGCCCCCGUAGUGAAAGAGGAAUCACGUCGAAGGGUCACUAGGGCCUGUGAUUCCUGCAGAGUUCGAAAAACUAAAUGUGAUGGAGAUAAGCCUUGUAUGAAGUGUGCUAACGAAAACCAAGUGUGCACUUACACUCAAUGCAAGAAGCCCACCGGAAGAGUCUUCUCCCCAGAGUACGUUGAGCUACUGGAAUCCAAGGUCAAUCUUCUAAGCUCCUCACUAUCGAUUCUAGCAGAGGUAGUGAGUCAAGGAGAGGAUCUGUCACAUCUAGCACAGGACCCUGACACGCCAAUCAACGAGCUUGUGGACAAACUCCAAGCCAUGGGCAACAAACAGAAGAAAGUGGGUAGCCCACGGUUCAACAAGGAUCACCCAAGCACCCACCAAAACCAAAACAACACGGUCAAAGUGUCUCCAGCAAAGCACCUCAAAUCAGAAACGGGUCAGAGGUCUCCUGUUAUCAGGAAUACUACAGUGCGACACCGUAGUCCCACGCUGAAUCACAAAUCUCCGUCCGCGUUGUCUGACGGUGAAACACCUCUUGACUUUUCCGAUACUACUGACAGCCCCACCUUUGAAGAACCGAGUAGCUUCCAUGACUACCCGAUGCCAUUUGUGCCGCCAAUGUCGACUCCGCAAGAGACUCAACCCGGCGUUUCAAAACUUAUGCAACCACCUGAAAUCAGAGACGAUUUCUCCACAUCCCCUUCUCUCUACGGCACUCUCAGAACCCAAUGCGCUCCGACUGGCAUCCAGAAUAAUUUUGAUUCUUCAUUCACUCUAUCGGACCAUCCAGUUAUUUCAGAUCCCCCUUAUUCCCAAGCCUCCUCUCUUGCACCCAAUAAUGGCAUGCACCCUCCUCGACUUACACCUGUUGUCGCUCAUCAAAGUCCAAAUACCCCACCUUUUUCAUUCGGCACGAUGGGCAAAGAUGAUUUCAACGAUAUCCUCACAGAUGGCGCAGAAGACUUUUUACAUUGGCAACAAGUGUAA